CAAACUAAUACAGUCGUGAAUGAAACGGCUUCUUCAAGCUUAUUACGGUGUGGAAGCUGCAAAGAGUCAGCUGUAGUACGCGUUACAUUUAAUAGAAACGAGUUUUCAGUGUGGCGCACUCGAAGAGUGGCUUGGAACUGUCUUGUACAUUUUGAAAGCAUCCGCGAAGGAUAACUGUGUGGGUAGAUCUGUGCUAUGAAGCGUGUCGCACUGCUUACUUGGCUGGCUGCGUUGCCCAUUACAUUGGCGUUUGAAGCUCUGCACUCUCCAGGGGGACCCCAGAAACUUCCAAGAAUGACUGCAGACACAUACAAGGUGUUCGCUAGUUUUCCAUACGCAGUAGGCAUCUCCUUUGCACCAAACACCAAAAAGUUUUCUUGUCUUUCGGCUAAGCAACUUGAGAUUGAUUCCAAGGAGAAGACAACGACUUAUCUCUGGAACUUCCCUUCGCUUGGCCUUGAGAUCCCGUUCAAGGUUAAAACAGCUGAGAAACCCGGAACAAUGAGGUUUACGGUAGGGGAAGAUUUGACGCAAAGAGAGGGCAUCCUUUACUACAUGGACUACAAGGACUGUGCUAUUGCGGAUUUAGAGUACGAUGGACAUGUGUGCCUACUAUGGGCAAGAAGAGAAGUGAAGGAUUCAGUUCCUCAGCGCUGCAUCGACUAUUAUGAAGACGCGUGUGGUGUGACGGUUCAACAGCACAGCAGAGACCUUUGCUGGGAUGGAGAAAGUGAUUAUUAGGUGUCAUAAAAUGUUUUUCAACGGGUGUUGCGAUGAAU